AUGAUCAUAGGAUUAUAUAUUAAAGGACUAUUACCUAUUACCAAAGCUGGAAAUAGAUACAUCAUUAUCGCUAUAGAUUACUUUACAAAAUGGCUAGAAGCUAGAGCUAUUAAGGAUAUCAAAGCAAAGACAGUGGUUAAAUUUCUGUAUAAAGGGGUUAUUUGUCGACACAUCAACACUAAUGAAGAAGAGAUAGAUUAUGUCUUGAUAAGUAGAUUAAUAAUAUUGAUUGAUAAACUUGAAUUAGAUAAACAGAAUGCACUUGAUAAUAUGAAUCAGACACAAGAACGAUAA